GCAGCAUCUAGGCUGUUAAUGUGGAAUACAGUGAAGACAAGAUCUUUUGAGUUUUUUCGAAUACAAGUUUGCGUAAAAUCGUCCUGCUCUACCUAUUUCUAACUCUCCCACUGGUGCAUAUUUUUUUUUCUCCAUCUCCGAACGUGACACUGUUGAUCAGUCGCCGUCGCGGAUAUUUGCUUCUUGCAAAACUUGGAGUUGGUGUCGCCCGGGCUGCCCUGCCUUCACUCGAGUGCUGAUCUUCGCAGGAGGCGCCUGUGUUUGCUUGAUUUGCUGGAGGCGCACAUGCACAGGCGUCCCCACCGCUUCACCCAAAACAGCGACUCCUCCUGACAGAGAAAACCCCCUCGUCUGGAAGGAGGAGGUGGAGGUGGAGAAAAACGGAGGGAGAAAAGCAAGAGAGAGUGGGUGAAUGUGCUGUGCGGACGCUGCUGCAGCCGGCUAUUGGACAUUUAAAGGAGGCGAUGCUGCUGAACAUGACACAGCCGAUGAACUAAAACAUCCCUGUGCAGGUAUGAAAAAUCCUCUCAGACCUCGGUGCGCGUGAGUUUUGGCAUAUAUCCUGUCAUCAAGACUGCAUGUAUGGAAUUACGCAUGAACUGAUCUCAUUUCCAACCAUGUCCAAGAAUUUUCCGACCGACGACGAUGACAGCUGUCCUGCAAUCGCAGUUAUCAUGUAGUGUUUGGACUAAAAAGAAACCCAUCUCCAGGAAAAAAUCGUAUUCUUUACAUUUCACAUCACGGAACGGACCGCUCAGCCGCCAACAUGGGACUGUGACACGGGCUGCGAGCUCCGAGAAGCGGCUGUUUGUGUAGUCUGUGCUCCGUGCGCAGACUGGACCUGAGCAGUUGUGACAUUUUGAGCCAUGGCUGCUGCUAUCGCGAGUGGGCUGAUCAGGCAGAAGAGACAGGCACGGGAGCAGCAUUUGGACCGGCCCGCGACAAACCGACGGAGGAAGAGCCCCAACAAAAACAAGGGGCUCUGCAAUGGGAACCUGGUCGACAUCUUCUCUAAAGUGCGCAUCUUCGGCCUCAGGAAGCGGAGACUACGGAGACAAGAUCCCCAGCUCAAGGGUAUAGUGACCAGGUUAUAUUGCAGGCAGGGAUACUACUUGCAAAUGAACCCCGAUGGCUCUCUUGAUGGGACCAAGGAUGACAGCAGUAAUUCCUCUUUGUUCAACCUUAUUCCUGUGGGCCUCAGAGUUGUCGCCAUUCAGUCCGUGAAGACAGGGUUAUACAUCGCCAUGAACGGGGAGGGCCUUGUGUACACAUCAGAACUCUUUACAGCGGAGUGCAAGUUCAAGGAGUCGGUGUUCGAGAACUACUAUGUGAUCUACUCGUCCAUGUUGUACAGACAACAGGAGUCGGGGAGGGCUUGGUUCCUAGGGCUCAACAAAGACGGCCAAGCCAUGAAGGGGAACCGGGUGAAAAAAACAAAACCAGCUGCUCACUUCCUGCCCAAGCCAUUAGAAGUUGCCAUGUACAGAGAGCCAUCGUUGCAUGAUGUAGGAGAGACGGUGCCGAAGGCGGCCGUACCCCCCAGUAAAAGCACAAGUGAGCCGGCGGUUAUGAACGGAGGUAAACCUGUCAACAAGCCCGACAAGCCCCCCACAUAGCCACACCUGGAGGGAACCCAGUGUGUGUGUGUGCGCGUGCUCGGAAGGGCAGGAGGCAGGGCAUCUCUUAACUAGACUCCAGACCCUCUUUUCUUCUGCGGAUCAAAAACCCAGGCAAACCUCCCACCCUUCCUGUCUCCUCUUUGCUCCUCCCUUCCUCUUUUUUUCUCCGCCUCGUCCUCGUCGGGUUCUGCGGGGGUAGGGGGAGGGGGGGCAGAGUUUCUCCAGCACAGGAGGGAAGAGGACCUCCGAUUCAUGGAAUGCCUUUAGAUUCCUCUGAAACUGUGAGAAUUCAUAUUUCACAACGGCGCUUGUGGUACUGUGCUUGCUGACGGUUCAUUCAAGAAACCAUCCCCCUCUUCCUCUCUGUGCGGCUCUGUGACAGCAGAGUCUGUGUACCUUCAGAUCUAUUUUCUAUACCACAGUUCACCAGCUAUGUUCUGGGAUAGAGACUGUAUAGAUAGAGUAAAUAUUUGGACUGUCGUCCUCUAUUUUUUACGAGUAUGUUCCCCUCUCCCUCUCUUUCUAUCUCUAGUCACACACUUUUCUCUUUGUCAAGUAACCCAAAAAAAGAUCAAAACCAUUUUGCAAGAGAGUCGUGUGAUUUUCUAAGAAACUUAUUCACACAGAUGGGGCAUAAAAACAAAACAAACGUGUAAAAAAAAUACAAAAAAAAUAGUCUUGCCUACAACAUGCACACACACUUACAGACAGACGUUUAAAAGUAUGCAGGAAAAAUCUGAGAUGUUGCUUUUUACUGCUGAUCAAAACCACACUGGAGGCUGGCAGAAAGCUCCUGCAAUCAUAGUUGAUGAAGUGCUAAUUACCACCACUGCAAUCAAUGCGAGAAGCUCCCUACACACACAAACGUACACACACAGACUCCCCUCUAAACAGAUGUGUGUGUGUGUGUGUGUGUGUGUGGGUGGAAGAGCGCUGUAAAGGAAUGGUGUAUACAUAUCACUAUCUAAGUCCCACCAGCGGUUCAAUCCGCCUUCUCUGGUAAAUAGAAAAACCUGAAGUCUAUUUUUCUUUAAGCUUAUUUCUGAGCGUGGGCUCUAGGAAUAUCUCUAGGCCUUGUAGGCCUCCGUCCCUCACUCACUGACUUCUCUGGACUGCGAGGCUUGUGGCUUUGACCCAGAUGGUCUCUAACUGCAGCACUGGCAGCCAUCUUAAGGCAGCGUCUACUUAUAGCCAGUAAACAACAUGGCUGAAAACCAAGUAGGCGACGUUUAUAUUGGCUGCACUCCUAUUUGGUUCAGCAAACUAAAGCAUGGGCAAGGUUAAAAAAAUUGUGUUCUCUCUUCUUGCAGCAGUUAUACAAGAGAUGGCUUCUAUUGUAACAUUUUCACUGUAUAAAACUUAGGGAAAAUGACUAUUAAAACGUUUUUAAAUGACUAGAUAUUAUUAUUAUUAUUACUACUACGAGAGGAUUUGUCUCCUAGCUCAGCAUGCAGAGUCCAGUACUGAUCAUCUUGGCCUAUCACGUGCCUGUUUGGACCUUGAUUCCCGGCAUGCAAAAACAGGUUCCCAGUCCCCCACUGGGCCAAAGGUGCCUCACCCACCCGAUACUACAUCUAUGUAGAGGACACGUAGCAUUAUCCAUGUUAAGAAAAAAACCACACUCAGAUGUACUCGUUCAGAAAUGACCAAAGUCUUUUUUUCAUCCCAAGAAGGAACUGAUUCUUUAGGACAAAAAAAAACAAAA